CCGGCAAUGAUACAUUUUGCGUAAUAACAUUACGAAUGCUGUAAUAUUUGUAGUAGCUGUAGAAUAAAACAACCGCUCUUUCUCCCGUUAUUCCAAAGUGUCCACGUAGAUUUUAACUGUUUGUGUUUGUUGAAUGUGAAAGAUGCGUCGUGCUAAAGGGUAUCAAGAUUUGGAUGACAAUGCGGUGGGGCCGCGGCCUGGUCCGCCGCCGAUGCCUGCGCCUCAGGAAAUCGAAAUGGCUUCGGUAACGGUUGUCCCCGAUGAUACAUUCACUGUAACGCAGGCUGUGAACGCCCUGGGCUUCGGCUGGUUCCAAGUGAAGCUGUCACUCUGCACCGGUCUAUGCUGGAUGGCGGACUCCAUGGAGAUGACCAUCCUGAGCAUACUCUCGCCUGCCCUGCAUUGCGAAUGGAAUAUAAGCAAAUACCAACAAGCCUUAACAACCACAGUGGUGUUCCUGGGUAUGAUGCUCAGCUCUACAUUCUGGGGCAACAUCAGCGAUCGCUAUGGACGAAAAACUGCUCUAAGCAUGUGCGGAGUCCUGCUGUUCUACUACGGGCUCCUAAGCGCCAUAGCCCCGAACUUCCUCUGGUUACUCUUUCUUAGAGGUCUUGUGGGCUUCGCCAUUGGCUGUGUGCCGCAGUCUGUUACUUUGUACGCCGAGUUUCUGCCUACGAAGCAGAGAGCUAAAUGCGUCGUUCUACUUGAUUGUUUCUGGGCGUUGGGAGCUUGUCUGGAGGUGGCCCUUGCGCUGGUGGUGAUGCCGACGCUCGGCUUCCACUGGUUACUGGCUCUCUCCACUAUACCACUGCUGAUAUUCGCUAUCAUAUGCCCGUGGCUUCCGGAAUCGGCGAGGUUCCACGUCGCUAGCGGGCAACCGGACAAAGCACUAUCCACGCUGGAACAGAUAGCUGCAGACAACGGCCGACCGAUGUUGUUAGGACGACUGGUGUGCGACGACUCAGUGGGUAUAGGACAACGGGGACGACUAAAACAUCUGCUCAUACCGCAUCUGAGAGCGACUAGCUUACUGCUGUGGUUUAUAUGGAUGUCCUGCGCCUUUUGUUACUACGGCCUGGUCUUGAUGACCACGGAACUCUUCGAAACUGAACCCGGCGGCUCUUUAGAGCCCUGCGCAGCCGACUGCCGACCUCUACAGACCACAGACUACAUGGAUCUAUUGUGGACUACGCUUGCUGAGUUCCCAGGCAUCUUCGCAACCAUAUUCAUCAUUGAGAAGUUCGGCCGGAAGAAGACCAUGGCCUCACAGUUCAUUAUAUUCUCCGUCUGCGUGUGUAUGCUGAUCUACAACGAGAACCGCGUAUUUCUGACAUGUAUUCUGUUCUUGGCGCGCGGCAUCAUCGCCGGACUAUUUCAGGCAGCUUACGUUUAUACACCAGAGGUGUACCCCACAGCGCUGAGAUCGACGGCCGUGGGCGCCUGCAGCGGCGUGGCGCGGCUCGGCGCUAUGAUCACACCGUACGUCGCGCAGGUGUUGCUAAAGAACUCGAUAGCGUUAGCGACGGGCGUGUACGCGGCCGCGGCCGUGCUGGCCGCCGCGGCCUGCCUGCUCCUACCCAUCGAGACCAAGGGCCGAGAGAUGCGCGAGUCCGUCAACACGACUACUUAA